UGGGCGCGUCGGCGGCGGGAGCUAGGGAGAGGCUGCGGCUCGUUGGUUUGGAGUUUGGUGUGCGCCGGUCUCCGGGGGAGAGAUGGGGACCCUGCGCGACUUGCAGUACGCGCUACAGGAGAAGAUCGAGGAACUGAGGCAGAGGGACGCGCUCAUCGACGAACUGGAGCUGGAACUUGACCAGAAGGACGAACUGAUCCAGAAACUGCAGACCGAGCUUGAUAAAUACCGCUCGGUGCUGCGGCCGGCCGCUCAGCCGGCGGAACAGAGCGAGCCCAGCGCCCAGGAGCAGCAACGGACCAAGAGGCAAGCCAUAUCGGCGGAGCCCACUGCUAUCGACAUCCAGGAUAUCAGCCACGUCACCCUGUCCAGCUACUCCAAGAGUUCCCAAUCAAAGGAUCUGAUCAAGGAUGCCUUUCUAGAGAAUGACUUCAUGAAGAACUUGGAGAUGUCUCAGAUCCAGGAGAUUGUGGAUUGCAUGUACCCCGUGGAGUACACCAAAGACAGCUGCAUCAUCAAAGAGGGAGACGUGGGUUCAAUGGUGUACGUAAUGGAAGAGGGGAAGGUGGAGGUAACCAAAGAGGAUGUGAAGCUCUGCACGAUGGCGCCAGGGAAAGUGUUUGGAGAGUUGGCGAUUCUCUACAACUGCACCAGGACUGCAACUGUCAAAGCGCUCACCAACAUCAAGCUUUGGGCCAUCGACCGACAAUGUUUCCAAACGAUAAUGAUGCGGACAGGGCUCAUCAAGCACAUCGAGCACAUGGAACUCCUCAGGAGUGUCCCCUCAUUCCAGGAUCUCCAGGAAGAAGUAAUCAGUAAGCUCGCUGACGUGCUGGAGGAGACUCAUUAUGAAGAAGGUGACUACAUCGUCAGGCAGGGAGCCAGUGGAGAUACUUUCUUCAUCAUCAGCAAGGGAAAGGUGAAAGUAACACGAGAACAAACAUCAGAUGAGGAGGCAGCGAUUUGCAGUUUCCUGUCAAGGGGAGACUGGUUUGGGGAGAAAGCUCUCCAGGGAGAAGACGUGAGGUUGGCCAAUGUAAUAGCAGCGGAGGAGGUGACCUGCCUGGUGAUUGACAGAGAUUCAUUCCGGCAGUUGAUUGGAGGUUUGCAAGAUGUACCCUUUGAAGAGUAUGAGAGUGCAGAAAUGCAAGCAAGCUUUGAGGUGGAAGCUGCAUUCUUUGCCAACUUGGAUCGUACGGACUUCAAUGUCUGUGGAACCCUUGGAGUUGGAGGAUUUGGACGCGUUGAGUUGGUGCAGCUGAAGCACGAAGAGUCCCGGAGCUUCGCGAUGAAGAUCCUGAAGAAGCAGCACAUCGUCGACACGCGCCAGCAGGAGCACAUCCGCUCGGAGAGGCAGAUCAUGCAGGAGGCUCACUGUGACUUCAUCGUCAGGCUCUACAGAACCUUUCGAGAUGCCAAGUACCUCUACAUGCUAAUGGAGGCCUGCCUCGGAGGUGAGCUCUGGACCAUCCUCAGGGACAGGGGCUCUUUCGAUGAUGCUACAACCCGGUUCUACACUGCCUGUGUGCUGGAAGCUCUGGCAUACUUACACUGUAAGGGCGUCAUCUUCAGGGACCUCAAGCCAGAGAAUAUUAUCCUCAGCCACAAAGGCUACGCUAAACUGGUGGAUUUUGGUUUUGCGAAGAAGAUUGGUUUUGGGAAGAAGACUUGGACGUUCUGCGGGACGCCGGAAUACGUGGCGCCUGAGAUCAUCCUCAACAAGGGCCAUGAUAGCUCGGCAGAUUACUGGUCCCUGGGGAUCCUGAUGUACGAGCUCCUGGCUGGCAGCCCCCCGUUCUCAGGCUCUGACCCAAUGCAGACUUACAACAUAAUCCUGAGAGGGAUCGAUAUGAUUGAGUUCCCAAAGAAAAUCACCAAAAAUGCAGGAACGCUGAUCAAAAAACUGUGCAGGGACAAUCCUUCUGAGAGGCUGGGCAACCAAAAGAAUGGAGUUAAGGACAUUCAGAAGCACAAGUGGUUUGAAGGCUUCAACUUUGAAGGGCUAAGGAAAGGAACACUCACUCCACCUAUCGUUCAAAGUGUGUCUGGGCCCCUGGACACCAGUAACUUUGACACAUUCCCUGAGGACACAGAGGAGGAACCUCCCGAUGAGGAGUCAGGAUGGGAUGCUGAUUUUUAAUUCUGUUCCCUUCUAACUGGCCUGAUCUGCUGUGGACACAGAAACGGAGGAUGAAAGAUGGGGACGGUUCAGAGCAGACGACGCGAGGUGCAAAGCCCGUAACGUGGAGUCGACACUACAGUUCGGACCACACAAUGUUUGUAAAGAGAAAUAGACUGUAAUCCACACAUAACUGUUCAGCUGCAUACUAAAUAAAGGGAAAAGUCAGGUAGGGUGAGUGCUUGUUAUUUAAGGGUGCUCCUAUUUUAUCAUUGGAAAACCUGUACAAAAUCAGCUUUAGCAGGUUACUUAAACUCUUAACAGCAUAAAAUAGGAAUCAGUCUCACCUGCAUUUGGGUGUUAUAAGUGCCCUUGAGAUUCCAAAAAGAUAGGUGCAAAUUAUAGCAAGUCAACUACACACAGUGAACCUACACACAGUAGGCAAAUCAUGAUGUUAGUAACAUGAUCUUGAAGCUCUAAUCUCUGAGCUGCAAGGUGGUGGUGAUCUCAUGAUGUGCCAACUCCACAUAUAAUCCCUGUGCAUCCUCCUCAAUGAAACCUCUCUCAAAUUACUGAAUGGAUUUAUUGUCUUUUAUGAUACUCUUUUAGAGACAGCAGCCUAUUUGAGCCUUUCCUUAUAGUUGGUGUACAGUUGGUGUGGGUUUUUGCUCGUUUGGCUUGUGCAAAGCAUCUUCCUAUUUUGGUGCACAAGCUGCAGAUGCCAUUGUGCAAAGAAGCCAUGCAGUGGGCGAGGGAGCAGGGCCACGUGUGGUGCUCUGGAACUCUGCUCAUUUCUAUGGGUUGAGGCCACACAAAUGAACAAAACUUUCCACCAACAGGGUUAGCAUUGAAGGCCAGCCACUGGCAAUACACAUUUACCAAAACCCUUUAACUGUCAAACUAGAGCAAUAACCAGAAAUUUUAAAAUAUGUUUAAGGUCAUCGACCUGAAACUUUAAUUCUGUUUCUCUCUCAACAGAUGCUGCCUGACCUGCUGAGUAUUUUCAGCAUUUUGUGAUUUUACUUUUAGCCUCUGGUUUUGAUUUCAAAAGCCAAAGAAACUGGAGAGCCAGGGAGUGUUAUCAGUGCAAGGCCACAAGUACAAAUUCCUGCAAUGUACAACCACUUCAUCCAAUUCAGAUUGAACUUUGCAACAGCAGGCACCAAUCUUUGUAGAUCCAGAUCAUUUCUCAUUGUGUGCCUGGCUUUCUCAAUAUGCUGAAUUAACGUUUCAGGUCUGAGAACUUUCGUCAGAUCAUUGUGUUUCUCUCUCCACUGAUGCUGCCUGACCUGCUGAGUGUUUCCAGCAUUUUCCAUUUUUAUUUCAGAUUUCCAGCAUCUGUGGUUUUUUUUUUAAAUUUUCAUUUGUUGAUAAGCUUCAAAGCAGCUGAGAUCCAGGGACCACUAUCCUAUAUUGUAGAGGCUUUUCCCUUCGACAUAAAAUUACUGCAAAAUUUUCAGCUCAAUCGAUUUGUCAGAAGUCCACUUCUAAUGAUCUAUCUGAAAAGUUAACCAUCUGAGAAGUUUCUCAGCCCAAUAACUAUUGAGUAAUUCCCAUAUUAUCUGAUUAACCACUUCUACUUAAAACACAAGAAAUAAAUGUAGUUUUAUGCACUGUUUACAGGUAUUGUUGGGUGAAAUAAUGGUUCACACAUAGUCCCAUGACUCAGGUUGGCUGAUCUGAGCCAAGGUACAGUAACUGGGCUCUUCAGUUUGCAAGGGAUAGGCAAUCAGAAGAGGGGCCAAAGCAAAUAGCCCCUGUUGCAGAAAGCCACCCACUGAGGCAAAGAUGACAGCAUGUUUUGUGAAGUUAGCACCUUCAGGAGAGGUGACAGGAAUACAAAUCCCAACAGUCGUCAGGAAGACUUUGACAAUGAUGCCAAGGGUUUCUCCACCACCUCCCUAUUCCAUACAUGGCUUCCAUUAACCACCUUGUACAACAAAGACAGCAAAUGCUGGAAAUGCUCAAUGGGUCAGGCCACAUCUAUGGAGAGAGAAACAGAGUUAACGUUUUGAGUCAAAGACCUUUUGUCAGAACUGAGAAAGAGACAAAAGAAAAGUGUUAAACUGCAGGGAAGGUGGGAGAGCACAUCCUUCGAAGAUAAGGUAGGCCAAGCCUUUCUACAUUAUCCAUGUCAGGAACACUGGCUCUACGGUUCUAUCCAAUCACAGGAACUAUUGGUUCCAGGGAUUGCCUUAAUAAUCUGAAGAACAUGAAGACAAAAGGGGAUAUUAGGUCAAGAAAUCAAAGGCUUGGUCACAGCAGGCCUUAAGCAGCAACUUUAAUACAGAGGGAUUUAAAGAGAAGUAGGGAGAACUUCCACACCAGGAUUACGAGAGACCUUUUGACCUGAAGGAUGAAAGUCAAUAUCAAACAAGUUCCCAGAGAGUAGUGGACUCUGCCCGAUAUAUCACAGGCACAUCCUUCCCUACCAUCGGUAGUAUCUACAGGAGGCACUGCCUCAAGAAGGUAAUAUCUAUCAUCAUAGAUCCCCACCAUCCAAGCCAUGCCAACUUCUCGCAGCUACCAUCGGGCAGGAGGUACAGAAGCCUGAAGUCCCACACCACCAGGUUCAAGAACAGCUCCUUCCCUUCAACCAUUCGGUUCUUGAACCAAACUGGCAAAACCCAGAUCACUACAGUUUAGCAACACUGUGAUGAUUUUGCACUAAAAUGGACUUUGUCUUUUUGUUUUAAUUGUGUUCUUUCUUGUAAAAAUUGUGAAUAAUUUAUGUUUUUCUUGUCAAUGCUGCUUAUCUGAUGCUCUGUGCCUGUGAUGCUGCUGCAAGUAAGUUUCUCAUUGCACCUGUGCACACGUGUACUUGUGUAU